AUGAUGGGACGUUGUUCAUUGUCCGUUAUCGUCGUGGUCAUCACAGCGUUAGGGCUACAGCAGACAGUCGAAACCGGUAGUAGCACGUCCGCCGUGUCUUCAGUAUGGUCAAACGUCACCGCCGAAUUUCCGUUUUUAGUGGGAUUGACUACAGGAGGAAUAGACGACGGGACGAACUGGCAGACCAUCAUCUGUUCAGGAACCCUGAUAUCUCCAGUGUUCGUUUUGUCGUCAGCGUAUUGCACGUCACGUUUGAUGAACACGUUCAAGUCGAGUUCGGACGGUUCUACAUUAAUCGCGUAUUGGAAGACUCCCGGAAACUUAGUGAAGUACCACCGAGUCAUACGUGCUUACAUACAUCCGUCAUACGACAAAGCCACCCGCAUGUUCGACUUAUCGCUGAUAAAGCUCAAGAAGCCGUUCAAACACGUUGAACGUUUCGUUGGACUAUCGUCGAGAACGUUCAAAAGUGACGUUGAACUGAAUUGCAUGGUUAUAGGAAUCGGUGCGCCCCACGAACGCGGUUACAAGGUACCGGUUCGUGUCAAGUACGGCCAAACCGCUUGUAGGAUUCCAAAAUCAAACCCUUUUCUCGAGUACGUGAUCGGAUUCACUUGGUCGGAUUUCUUGUGUGCCGAGACAAUAGGUCCGGCAGCCACGCGAUUGCCGUGUGACCGGGCCGACCCACUGCUGUGCUCAAGUGAUCAGCGUCAGUAUGGAAUUUUUAGCUAUGGAUACGACGGCACAGAUGCUUCUCCAGCGACAGAGGCGACAGAGUGCGGUGAUUCGACCGUUCAGGGCAGGCUCUUGUUUGUCAACAGGUACGCUGGUUGGAUUUCUGAGACGAUGAAGAAACUCGGAACGGAUUACGAUGGCGAAUCACAGCAGUCAGAAAAAUAUGAUAAGACUACAGUGAGGCGCCGUAGACCCACACGGCCACGACCGACAACCACCUCAACUCAAACUGUAGUGCCGCAGGUAACCUGUACUGAUCGCAUGGAAGUCGACUACCCGUAUCUGGUGUACUUGGAAGGUCUACCUAACGAACCGGUGUGUGGCGGCACCCUAGUAUCCCCCUGGCACGUGCUCACGACCGCUUACUGCACGACGAGGAUGACCGAAAUUAUGGUGACCGUUACAGCGUACAAUUAUAGACGUCACGCGAACGCGAGUCUCGUUUACAUUCAUCCGGAUUUCGACCCGUACACGCUGACCGCGGACAUCAGCAUCGUAGUUUUACACGAUCCGUUAAACGUGACUAGGUACGCACAGCUACCAGAUAUCAUCGGCGGUCCGAUCGAUGACAACUUUACUACCAAAGCGCUGGCUUGUGUAGUGGUGGCGAGAAGACGGCUGAAACCCUAUUAUUAUAUUCCGGUCAAUGUCAUGUACGGGCUCAAAGCUUGUCGGGAAUCAUUCGAUUCAGAAAUUCAGACAACCGUCAGCAAGACUUGGCGCGAGUUCAUCUGUGGAAUGCCUAAUCAACGACUUGGAAAAGACAUAGGGGAUCCGUUAAUCUGCGACGGAUUGCAGUACGGCAUAAUUAGUCACACGUACCGGACUAAGAUGCAAGCCAUCAAAACGGGAAGUGUCGAUCAUCAAGUGCGUUUCUUGAUAGUCGACUACCACAGGCAGUGGAUCAACAACGUGAUCGGGGCCGAUUAUCGAUUCGGCACUAACGACGGUCGCCCACUCGCAUUCCCCGGACUAACGAUCAACCUGAUUCUGCAGCUUCUAACAAUCGUAUUCCAAUUAUUGUUACGGUAUAGGUAG